CGAUUUAAUAACACAAGGUCCAAGACAGUGUCCGGCAACUCUAUCUCAUCAAAUGCUCAACUUUUUUUUUUGUAGUAAGAACAUUAAUUGGGUGCAUUAAUGAAGGUCACACAAAAGAAGGGUUAUAGAAGGUAAAUUAAAGGUGAUUGCAUACAAAAGUAUGUCUUUCAGUUUUUUUCACAGAGGAAGCUCAUGACACUCACCAAAGCAGCACGAAUGAAGUUCAAGUUUUUAAUUAGGCUUCACAUCAUCUCCUCAAAAUUUAUAUCAUCUCAUAUGUUCGAUCUUGUUUUCAUGUGACUCUCCUCUUCUCUACCGUGAGUCUCUUCAAUUUCCUAACCCUUUGUUAACGAUCAUAUAUACCUUGUUUCUCGCCGUACUAUUUCAUCCCAAUUUUUACUUUUACCACUUACGAUAAUAUAUCAUGAAGUCUCUUCUUCUCCUUGCCUUUUUCCUCUCUUUCUUCUUCGGCUCUCUCUUGGCUAGGCAUUUACCAACACCCUCCCAUCCAAGUCAUCAUCAUGUGGGAAUGACCGGGACAUUAAUGAAGCGUCAGAGGAGGAGGCCGGACACGGUGCAAGUGGCUGGGUCUAGGUUGCCAGACUGCUCACACGCGUGUGGCUCAUGCUCCCCAUGCAGACUUGUCAUGGUUAGCUUUGUGUGUGCAUCGCUCCAAGAGGCUGAGACUUGUCCAAUGGCUUACAAGUGCAUGUGCAACAAUAAGUCCUACCCCGUCCCAUGAUCAGCCUUUCCUACACUUAUUCUAUGCAUUCAACCGUUUUGUUUUCCUUUUGCUCCUCAUGUGUACGUAUAAGAUGCAUCUUUAAUUUCUUUCUUUUUUUCCAUUAUGUUGCUCUAAUUCCUCCACUCAAUAGGAAUCUUAAACACAGAUUAGUUAAUUCAGAUGGAUUAAAGGAAAUAUAUGGAAAUAUGAAAGCCACUCACCUUUUUGGGCUCUCUAACUGUAUUAUGGUCAGAUUGAUUGACAAAAAAAAAAAAAAAAAAACUGUAUUAUGGUCCAUGAGGCCGCAUUUAAGACUGCAACAACAAAAGUUGUACACAGAAUUAUAUUUAAAAGGCAACAACAAAAGUACGUAUACGUUGUUACCACCAAACUUUGGAGGCUCGCUAAUAAUAACCACACUACCCAUUUGUUAUACACCCUUUAUUUUCAACCAUAUCAUCUCACCUUCGUUAAAUGUUCCCACAAUUAGCUCAGUAUUUUACUAUAUACAUACAUACGCAUUCCCUCCACAAGAUCAAACAAACACACGAGCUUUCUCCUCUACAACAAAAACAAACAAUGGCUUCUUCACUUAUCACAUCCGCAGUCAUUGUCGUGCUUUUAAGCCUACUGCUUGGAUCUGCAGAGCAAGUGAGCGGACUACAUCACGUUCCCAAGUCCCCUAAGACCACUGAUGUCAAACACCCUGACUUUCUUGUAACCAUUGAGCCCAAACCAACUAUUCUUAUCCCCGGUGUUGGAAGGUUCUUGCUUCCUCCCAAAUGUAAGAAGCCGUUCUACCCUUACAAUCCUGUCACCGGAGCUCCUCUUACUGGUGGGGGAAUCCCAUCAUAUAAUGGUGGCCAAGGGGCGGGACCUCGCACCCAACUCCCUGGCGGCGAUGAUACGCUUGUCCCAAACCCCGGAUUUGAAGCUCCAACCCCGACUAUUGGAGCUGGCGCAGGAAGCAACGGCCAAGUUCCACCAGUGCCACUACCCUGAGUACUAUUAAUUUGUCAACAAAUAAGCAUACCUUAGAUGCAAACGGGUCUACUUUGGUGUCUUGAGUCUUGGUUAGAUAAGUAACCCUCUGCUUUACUAGCCGUUUCGUUAGUCAUAUGUUUGCCAUCUCUUUUUCUUUCUGUAUCUCUCUAUAUCUCCUUCAGAAAGAGAGAAUCUUGUGUCAUGUUCUUCAGAUGAAUUCAUUUAA